GACGACGGACAGCUGCUCUGCUCUGCUCCUCCACACUGCUUGCUACUAUCGGGCCAGUCAGUCCAGUCCAGUCCAGUCCAGAGUCCAGAGAGUUAGUUUGAGUUAGAGUUUGAUCCACGGGUGUGGGUACGCCGGGUGGUGAAACGGUACGCGCGGAGUUGCUUUCAGUGCAAUCAACAAUCGAAGCUGAAGUUAUUGAACCGUGAGUGAGAGAGACCCCGGAACGGGUUUUAGUGCGUGCGUGCGUGCGUGCUGUUUCGCGCGAUUACUACCGGAUAACAACCGUUCCGUCGGAACGUCCCGUUGCGGACCAGUAACAGCAGCAGCAGCAGCAGCAGCAGGAAUAUACGGGAGCAAUUUACCUCCAGUGGAGACGAAUUAAAGCGGAGGGCGAGGAAGAGGUGCAACUGAUUAGUGAGAUUUUAUCGAACUUUAGAAGAUCGUUUUUUUUGUGAGUGAAAAAGUAAAAUUCAGUUCAGUAAAAGUUCGUAACAACGAAAGUUGAAUUACUAGGUGAAAUUAAAAGCGUUGUGAAUUGCGAUUUUACGAGUAACUAGAGGAAAAUGGGUGAAUUUCCUGCGGUGAUCGAAUUGAACGUCGGCGGCACGCACUAUGCGACCAGUUUGAGCACGUUGAAGUCGAACGAUGGAUCGCUGCUGCAGGAAUGGUUCAGCGGCAGUCCGGACGAGGUGCCCCGCGACAGUCAGGGUCGAUUUUUUAUCGACCGUGACGGGCUGCUGUUCCGGUACGUGCUGGACUACCUGCGGGAUCCGGCCAAGUUUAGAAUGCCAGCGGAAUUUCGCGAGCGCGACCGGCUGCGGAAGGAAGCCGAGUACCUGCGGUUGGACGGAAUGAUCGAAGCCGUCACCAAGGAUCCGGGUUGCAUCACCAUCGGUUACCGUGGCAGUUUCCAGUUCGGUCGAGACGGACUGGCGGAUGUAAAGUUCCGAAAAAUAACGCGCCUGUUGGUCCACGGACGGGUGGCCGUUUGCCGGGAGGUGUUUGGCGAUACGCUGAACGAGUCGCGCGAUCCGGAUCACGGUGGGCCCGAUCGGUACACGGCACGGUUCUUCCUGAAGCACGUGUUCAUCGAGCAGGCCUUCGACAUGCUGCAGGACAAUGGCUUCCGAUGUGUCGGAAGCUGUGGCUCCGGCACGGCCGGAUCGGUGACGGAGAACCUGAAGCCCGGCGUGGACGCCGAGGAAAACCGUUGGAAUCACUACAAUGAGUUUGUUUUCCUGCGCGAUUAAGAAGCGCAUUUGCAUUUGAAUCAAUCGAGUUAGAGCGACCAAGAAGCGGAGGCGGAGAUCGAAAUGUGAAUUUUUUUUGUAUAGUUACCAUGUGAUACACAAAAUAGGAUUGUCCAAGGAGACAAUCCGACAAAGCAAAGGGAUUGGACAAAAAGUUUAUUGUGAUGUUCAGUCAACUGAGUUUGGUUCCACAAAUAACAAGAAAAAAAACGAAAAAAUAGAGAAGAACCUCCCCUACCCAACAUAAAAAUAAAGAAGAAAAAUAUAAUAGAAAUCCUGUGCGGUGAGACAUCGCAUCGCAUCGAUUUUGUCGACGACGGUGGAGAAGAUCAAAGGCUCAAACGGAGAAACGGAAAAACGGAAAGAGUCGCGCACGCCGUCGGAAGAGUGGCGAUAACUUAUUGAAAUUUACGACCGUCAAACGUCAGGUGAUUCUGAGCGAUCGGAGGUCCCCUCCCCACAGGGCAAAGGGAAACCGCCGCCAAUGGCGGCCGAACUGCUUUUGUAGCCCCUUGGAAGUGUUACGUGCCGUAAUUGGACCGAUUGCUCGAGUAGUGGAUAGGAAAAUGUUCUCCGCAGGAAAACGACCAAAAUCGAUGCAUUUCCUUUUUGUUUUUUUUGGUUCCAAGACAACAACAACAACAACAGUAAGCAAAUCUGUCUUUCCUGGUUCGUACAAUCAUCAUCAACAUGUUCAUCGUCAUCAUCAUCAUCUAACUGUUUCGUCAUCAUCGAGUUACCCACCGAACUUAGUUUGUUUGUAAUAAUCAAAGCAGGCGGCAAUCAUUUGGAGUCGAUCGAUCGAUCAAUGGGACGAGAAUGGUCGGUUCACAAUUCAGUUGCCCAUCGGACUUAAAAAGUAUCGAGAAGAGAAGAAGAAAAAAACUAGUGUUUUAGAGAAUUCGACGAGAGAGUGCGAUAAAAACGGGUAUUUCACUGUAACUUCCACAAUAUUUAGGAAAACUACUAUAAAUAUUUAUAUUGUUGUCUAUUAUUCAACUCCCCCUUUCUCUUAUAAUCAACUUUAAAUUCUUUAGAAAAUCUACUGUUGUAAAAAUCAAAGCUAAAAAAACAGGUUGGGCCUCCCAGAGUCACAGAACCGAAACGCAAUUUCAAUUUAAGUGCAACCAUAAAUCAAACGGAACGUUUAACGUAUCAGAAGAGAAGAGCUGCAAACGACCAAAAAUCUUGAUGAUUGCAAUCGGUAGCUUUUGAUUGAAAAUCUGGUUUUGACACACACAUAAAAUUGCUAUCAAACCGAGAAAAAAAACCAAGCGCAGCUUGUGUGACGCGAUGAUUCUGAGAUUUCCACCACAAAAAAAGAAGAUAAAAUAAAAAAAAAGUAAAUAUAUGCCAAACAGGUAGAAGAGUAUAAAACGAAAGCACUUUUCCCCUCUAGCAAACCGUAAAUAUCAAUUAGGAUGCUGAAAGCAAACUUUCACCCGUCGUCGUGCACCAUUCCGCCGGAAUAAAAUCUAUCAGCUGCUAAAUCCCGUGUCCCCGUCCCUAAGCCAGCACAGCAAAAAAAAAAAUGAAAGAGAAUAACACCAAAGCUUCCUCUUCUCUGGCAGCAGAAAAACGACAGCUUGACAGCCCCCCCAACCCGACGCCAUCUUGGGAGCGAACUGUCACCUGUUAAUUCUCGGAAUUCGCUCUCUCAUGUCCCUUACUAGAGCACACUUUCAGUGUGUAACCCCGAACCGAGGCACGGUCCCCGUCCGUCCGUAUUCAACGGAACGGCGUCGAAGCGGAUUAGUCCGCCGGUUUUUUUCCGCAUGCAGCAGGAGCAGCACAGUCACAUUCCGGCUCACCUACACACUGCCAGUGCGCGGUGCGGAAUGGAAUGUGGUUGGACGGUCCUCUAGCUAUCGGUGGUAGCUAAUCCCUAACCCCAGCAGCCCUGCCUCCGCCGAAAAAUAUGCGAGGUACUCAAGCGUGGGCAUCGCCGGAUACGCGUACAGGCUGAACGGGUGCGGAUGGCAUGGAGUGGGUUGAAGAGGGACCUACGCUACGGUAUGGUAUGUUCGCACAGGAAUUUAAGGUUUUAUAAGCUUCACGGUGUGUCGAGGUGAAGGAUUACGCGACGGUGACGUGGGUGAGGGACGGUGAAUGUGAGGACUUCGGGAAGGGGAUUUUGUCUUUGGGUUAAAGAGCUUUUAAAGGAGAUUUGAUACUCCUCUGGAGAUUUGAUACUCCUAUGCCUCCGAAGGAUAAAUAGCGCGACGGUCCACCUAUCAAAAAUGACUCUCAAUUUGCUUUGCAACAUUGGGAAUUUAUGAACCUUUUAACACUAUGGUAGACUAACGAUUCUAUUAUAGUUAAGACUGUGGAAACAGUUCAAUCCAGAAAAAGAAGCGACUCGUGCGUUUAUACUACCGAAACGUAAGAGGACUACGGGUUAGCCUGAACUCGUCUAGUCCAUUUGCAAGUGGGUGCAAUUACGAUAUAAUUGAGUUGAUUGAAUCAAGUUUUGAGUAGAUAAAACGUUCAUUUUCUAGACUCAGUUUUACUGCCUGUCGCGUCUCCGGCUUAAAUCAGUAAAACUACUUCAUAAUCACUGAAUAAAGCCAACUUUUUGACAAUGAUCGUACAAAACCACUGCAUAUCAAGCUACCCUAAUUGAUCCAUAUCUUGCCGUUUGAUUAUGGUCGUACUGAACCAUAUUCUUAGUGCAAUGAUGAUCGUACCAAAUCAUUGUCCUUAUCAAUGGUCAUCCCGAACCAUUUCAUCCAUCUAUGGUCGUACCGAACCAUAUACGUUAUUCCAUAAUGAUUGGGUUUUAGUCACCGCACUUCCAGGUGCAUGUGUUCAAAUUGAUUUCGAUCAGUGAAAUACUAAAUUUUGUUGAUUAAGUUUCGUUAGUUACUGUUUACGUUUUAUUCGGCCAUCAUCAGAUAUUUACUUUAUUCAACAAUAAACGCACCGAAACAUUUCAUUUGUCUAAGGUCGAACCGGACCAAUCAAUACUGUGCCAUGUAGAAUCAUGUUAUUUACCAAUGGCAAUGGCCGCACCGUGGGAUGAAACCCACAUCUAGGUGGACAACAGUCAUUACACUAAAACCGUUGGUCCUAGGUAUAUAGUAUCUUCGGAGAAAAUUUGUUAUUACUACUUCCGCAUUUUUUGAUGUAUAUGGCAUUAGGGUGGCCAACAUAAUAGUUUGGAGGCAAUUUGAAUUGCUGCUUUAGAACCGUUUUUUACGUUAUGGACAUUUGAAAAAUGCAUAUUUUUUUUAGAAAAAAUGCCUAUAGCACCAGAACCGAAGGAGAUAGCGAUUUGAUUCCUUCAAACGAAAUGUGCGUUUUCAUUGGAUGUGAAAGUGUUCAGAAGACAAGAUUUGUGAGAAAUAAACACGAAAGGAGAUAUUAAGAAAAAACGGAUUUUUCAAGUCCACCCCGGUCAAAAAACUUUAAAUUGCUUCAUCCUAUCAACCAUAAGAGAUAGGACUUUCAUUUUUUUAGCAAAGUAAUUCAAAAUUUAAUGUUCUUUAACUAUGCUGAACAUUUUAUUCAGCUAACUUAAGCCAUAAAAAAUCUUAUGUUUUGCACUCGCUUAUUAUUAUGGCCACCCUAAUGCCAUAUACAUCAAAAACUGCGGAAGAUGAAAUAACAAAUUUUCUCCGAAGAUACUAUAUACCUAGGACCAACGGUUUUAGCGUAAUGACUUUAGUCCACCUAGAUUUGAGCUUCAACCCACGGUGGGCCGUACCGAACCAUUUAAUUCUUAUAUGGUCGUACCGAACCAUUUUAAUUGAAUGCCAUGUACUGUCCAUAAAUAAAUAUCCGAAUCGAUUUCAAACCACUUGUGCAGCAACCGAUGUGUUUUUAUUUCACUUUUUUCCAUUACUCAUUCAAACUAAUGGUGCGGUGUGGUGGUUUCAGACGUAAAGCUUGAAAUCCCAAAGUUAUUGGAUCGACAGCCUAGACGGCAAAAUUCGCGGUUCCUAUUAGCGACGGCAUGGUGAAGCUGCUUCUACCUUCUAGUUUCAAACUCUAGUUUGAACCUCACGCUUCUUUGGCAACUUCUUCGGGGAGCACGGAUUAGUUGUUUCGUCGUCCACUUCCUCACGUCCUCACUGGUGCUUCCGUACUGUUUUAAAUAGUUGAAAGCCAUUUUGGGGACUCACUAGUAGGAGAUAAUUGGCAACGUAUGCAUGUUAGCCAAAUUUUUCCCAGGAUUGUCGAUUCUGUUUGUGUUUAUGAAAAUGUUGAAAAUGUUCGCCGGAAGGAACUCGGCCACAGGCAUCGCUGUAUCAAUUUAACAGCAUGGCUUCAGCAUGUAUGACGGGUAACAUGCACAAUGACCUCUUUUACACACAAAAGUAAUAAAAUUGCUUUUUUCUCAAUUUCAUAUCCGUGGCAUAUUAAACAAAUUUUCAUUUAUGGGCAGUACAGAAUACGACCAAUAGUCGUACCAAUCCAUUUCAUGCAUCUAUGGUCGUACCGAACAAUAUACUUCAUUUACAUACCAAGUAUUGAACCAUACAUUUUAUAUUCGGAGUUCGGAGCAUCUGAAAUUUCCCUUUAUCAAUUAUGUUGGCCAUGUGGACUAGGCCUUUCAUCGUAAGGAUCGAAAACAUGAAAGAUUACAAGGUAAUAAACAAGCAUUAUGGAAAACAUACUGUACCAGUUCAGUCAUUCAAGUUCAAGUCUGGACAUAUUUAAUCAUAUGUACGGAUUGCAGAUAAAAAUAUUCCGCGUACGUUCAGGUCUUUUCCUGGCUGGAAGGAAAACCCCUGAUGAAGGUCAUUUACUUAGUUUUAUUCCACUAAUACUAUGCUAUUAGUCAAAGUUUGUUUCGUUUCCCCCACAUUUCUGGCUUGAACGAUAAAGAUGCCCAUUUGUUAUAAAGCAAACAAAUGUAUUAUUGCUUCGUUUAUAAAGCAAUGUGUAAUUUUUGAUUUAGAUAAAAUAAUUUAGUCAUUUGCGCUCGUCAGUAUCUCAAUACACAUAAACUUCGUAAGUAUCAUAUACUUACCAUCAGGCGAUUGACAUUCACAAGCACAUAAACAGUGCAGUUUAGAGAGACUAAUAUCGUCCGCUGCCCCAAUUAUAAUAUAUUAAAAAAAACUUGAUCUACCUUUGGCAACGUCUUAAGAUUCUCGACCGAAUCCAAUUUUAAAGAAAAAACUUCGACCUGUUGGGACGAGCAGAUCUUGUCAGUUUUUCUGGCGUAUUUCUCAAGCACAGACAUCAAAUUUGGUCUACAGGUUUAAUCGCCGUAAAGAAUCUUCGACUUGUUGAGGCGAGAAGACUCUGUCACUUUUUUUCUAAAAGGAAAGCAAUCGAAAUCACUGCAAACAGAUGGCGUAUUUAAUUAUGGUCCCUGCUUGUGAAGCAAAGCGAUCACAAAGCAUUAAAAUCCGUUCAUAAUUGGCAGAGCUGUUCAUUAAUAUAUUCGUGACGGUAACUAGAAUUUAAAUUAUGGAAUGAUACCCUGCAGUAGGACGUAGUCCUAUAUUAUAUUUGUAGCUGAUAAAAAAAAUAGCAUUUAAAAACAUUCGUAGCCUUUUUUUCUACCACAAAAGUUGUUAUUACGCAAUGUAUUUGGUACGAGAGCACGUUCGUAGCACAUUUUGCACCAGAACGCAUUUGACAUUGUACGGUUAUUGUCUGGCAUCGUUAUCGAAGAACUCAGGCUGAGAACAUUGUAUAGAAGAGAAAAUAUACUUUUGCAAUUAUGAUUUGCUUCUGUGGUUUACGACAUCGUCGGCUGUUCUUAUGGCAAUAUGACAAAAAAAACAGCUCAACUUUCAUUCCCGAUCAAUGUCAUCCGCAAUAUACAUUCGCUCUCAAGUUGGUUGAACUGUUAAAUUGGGCCAAAUUCACAGUGAGAGGACGUCGAAAAGGACAAAAUGGCAGAAGACUGUAGUACAAAAAUGAGUACGGACUUCCCGAAAAAGUUUCUUGUUUGAAAAGUAACGUUUUCGUUAUUUCCACGAAAUUUAUCCUUUCUGCCGUUCUGGUCACUAUUCGAAUGUGACCACACAGUGUAGUGGUACAAAGACAAUGGCGUCACUAUUCCUUCCGAGAGGUGAUCCCCCAGCUCAUACUCUGAAGCUAUAGCUGAUUGGAAGUUUGUUAUAAAAUUCGCUAAAAAAAAUCCUAUCCUAUUAACCCUCAGGAAUUGUGGAAAAAGGUCCCGGUUGGUUCAAAAUUGUCAUGGGUUAUGAAUGCAGAAAGAAAGAAAUAUUUCAUAUCGAGAACUGCUCCGGGUAGUGAAAAAAGUGCAGAAACUAUCGUUGGAAUAAGCAUACCUUAUAUUAGCAAUAAAGCACUAAAGUAUAGUGCUUCCGUACUGUUUUAAAUAGUUGAAAGCCAUUUUGAAGUCUCAAUAGGUAUGAGACAAUUGACAACGUAUGCACGUUAGCCAAAUUUUUUCCCUGGAUUGUCAACUCUGCAUGUGCUUGUGAUUGUAAAUGAAAAAAUUGCUUCUGCGUUAAAAAUGUUCGUUGGAGGCAAUUUCGCCAUAGGUGUCGCUGUAUCAAUUUUACGACAUGGCUCAAGCAUGUAUGAGGGGUAACAUGCAUAUUAAACAGGUUGCCAUUACCGUGUGAACCCUCUUUUACACACAAAAGUAAUAAAAUUGCUCUUUUCUCAAUUUCAUGCCUGUGGCAUAUUGUUAACCAUUAAAUGCGCACGCUGAAAAAAAUCAUUUAAUAAGAAAACUUACUUAUCUAAAGGCGGUAAACAUAAUUUACUUUGGGGAUGUUUUUUCACUAUGUUGUUUUAAAACAACAUUGCGCAUUUAAGGGUUAAUUCAUGGGCAGUACAGAAUUAUUUUAUUCACCAAUCGUCGUACCAAACCAUUCAAUUCAUCUAUGGUCGUACCGAACCAUAUACUUCACCAACAGUGAUAGUAACGAAUAACUUCGGUGUAUGACCUUACAGAAAUAUUUUGGUUACCAAUGGUCGUACCGAACCAUUUCUUUCGUUUUAGCUAUGUUCGCAUCCGUUCCAUUUAUAUUCGGAGCUCGGAGCAUAUGUUCGACCAUGUGGACCAAGCCUAUCAUCGGAAGGGUCGAAAACAUAAAAGGAAGCAAGUUAAUAAUCGUUACCUUGUUUUCUACCGCAAUUACGAAUGGUUUGUAUUUGGUACGAGAGCACCUUCGUAGCACAUUUUGCACCAGAACACAUUUGACAUUGUACGGUUAUUGACUGGCAUCGUUAUGGAGGAGAUCGGUUCUUAUGCUUAUAUGACAAAAAAAAAACAGCUCAACUUCGAUUCCCGCUCAAUGUUAGUUUUUUUUUCGGAGAUAAAAUCCGAAACUAUAGAUUCUAUCCAGCCUAGAGCCUACGAUCAUCCCUCAGGAAUUGUGGAAUAAGGUCCCGGUUGGUUUAAAAUUGUCAUGGGUUAUGAAUGCAGCGUCGAAAGCAAAACUGCAAGAAAGAAAUAUUUCAUAUCGAGAACUUCUCCGAGGAUUUCGAAGUACCAAAAAUCCUCAAAAUCACAUUUACUAUGUGAUCAGAAGAUAGCUGUCUUGGGUUGGUUGGUAUUCAUUCAACAAUCGUCAUUGCGAUACUUUUAUUUUCAGAAUUGGUGACGAUGGGAAAACGUCUGGAAAGGUUUUGGUUUCAACAAGACGGCACAACAUGCCUCAUCACUUGGGCAACAAUGCACCUUUAGCGUCGCAUUAAGAUUUAAAUUGUCGUUGUGCAACCUUAAAUUACAAAAUCCCUCUGAAAAGAAUGAUAUUUUUAGCGACGCAGUUAGACAGGCCCAAAAUUUAGGAGCUGCAACAGACUGAAUAGCAAAUUUGAGGUUAUGCUUGGUGGAACAAUAUACAAUAUGGUGGAACGGAUCUUAACUUUUGGGGGACUUGAAAUGAUUGCUAAAUCAAUCUAUCUCAGCAUAUUCAUAUACAGUCAGUCCACAAUCAUGGGUCACACACAAUUAUGGGUCAUUUUAUCUUCAGCCAAUUAAUGCGUGAAUAUUAUACUAAUUGAUUGAUAAAAUUGUUACUUAUAAGUAGCACUAACAAUUUGAUCAUGAUUGUGGACUGACUGUAUACAGUCGGUACAGUCAACGACAGCAAAAUUGAAUCAAACUGUGCGUGCAAACUCUUCAAAAGAACUUGCCAAUUAUCAAAUAUUAGCAGUGGAUAUCGCAAAUGUCCUUUCCAACUACUGUUACCAGUUUACAAACGCGAAUUGGGAAUACAAAUGCAAAACUUUGGGUGAAUAGUGAUCGGAAAUCGCUAUUUUGUCGCUAUUUUGGUCAGAAUGUUAAUAAUCAGAAGAGUUUAAAUCUUCCAGCUUCACCACAUACAGGCUGGGCCUGGGAGCAGGCGAUCAGGUCCGUUAAAACCUCCCUUGCGUUGCUGUUAUCUUGAAAGCAACUCAACGACGACGCAGUGUUUUGUGUUAUGCAAACCGCAGCCGAAUCCAACGUCAUUUCGCACCGGGUCACGAAUCUGCCAGUGGACGCCGAAAAAAAAAAUAGUCGAACCACUUCAUUAUGCCCAAGUCAUCGGCAGUGGUUCACCCAGUGAAGCAACCAAUGCGCUGCGAGUAAACUGGACUCACUGUUGGUAUUGCUCAACCAGGCCUCCAGAUGCAGUACUGUGCUGGAUUUUUAUCAUUGUAAAAGUUUUUAAAGUAGAUUUUCAUAUUAUUUUAGUUGGACAGAAGUUGGACGUUACACAUUCACGCAGAGUUCAGAGUUGACUUACGAGGGCUUUUCAAACCCCCAAACCUGGAGUGCGUUGAGAUAAGUGAAAUUGCGGUGCAGUUCAGCUAAACACAGACCCCGUUAACAAUAGAACGCUCGGGUAGUGCUUGUCAAAUGACCGGUAUUCCAGAACAGAGGACGCAGGAAAUCGCAACGAAAGACUUUCUAGCUAGGCUGGAUGACUUUAAAAGAUACAUUGUGCUAGGUUGGCUAGACAGGUUUUGGUUGUAAAGAUGAUUUUGUUUUAUCUGCGCCUAUCGACACUAGCGUAAGUUCCACUAACGUUUUGGUAGUAGAUAUGCAUUGAACCGGAAAUAACCAUUUGCUACACUUAUACUUAUAGCCUCCUGGUUGGAUAGUUCCUUCGUUUAAUCGACCGCCAAGAAUUGUUUACAGAAUAUUAAGUUGAAGCUCGGAGCUCGUCGGUUGCACUCCUUCAAAGUUCACGCUUCAUCGCCACGGUGGAGUACCACCGGGAGAGUUGGCGUCUUAUAGAGCGCGGGCUUCGUGCGAACUUGCAGGCUGCAGGGCCUAGGCUAUUAACGCAAUCCGUAGGUUCUACUCAUAGCUGCUAUUCGCCUUUUACCUUCACGACUCACGUCGUUGUCACAUAUUGCUAAUGUACUUAGAAAGAUACAGUCAUUGACUGCUUCAAAAGUAGCUCCAUCUAUCACUGCCGCACUUACAACACCCGAGGGACUACCAGCCAGCAUUUACUUAAUUUUGGAAAAGUUUAUAAUAAGCCCUAUCACCGCAGCUUCCUUCUUAGAAUGCGUAUAAGCCUCUACCACAGUACUACGGUUAACACUGGAUUAUGGAUUUCAUUAUGGACGCCUACCCUUCGAGUAGCACCGUGAUUUUGCUUCAAACCAUCCGGUGUCACAAAAGAGUUCUAUAUUCGGAUGCUUCACGUUACGCCCUCAAGUAUCAGCUUCAUCAGCUUUGUUGGAAAUGUUCAAACAUAAUCCACCACUUUUUUAACACACAAAAAUAAUUAAAUGGCAGUUUUAAUUGGCAUAUUAGCCAAUUCUUCAUUUAUGGGCAGUACAGAAUCAUUUUAUUUAUCAAUGGACGUACCAAACUAUUUCAUGCAUCCAUGGUCGUAUCGAACCAUGUACUUCAUUGAUCAAUUAUCGUAGCGAAGCAUUUCACUUAGCAAUGGUCGUACCGAACCAUUUAACUCAUCGUACCGAACCAUAUAAUUCACCAACCAGUAAUUGAACCGAAUUAUUUCAGUUUAUGGCCAUACAGCAAUAUUUUGAUUACAAAAGGUCGUACCGAACCAUUUCUUUUAAAUUAGCUAUGUUCGCAACGGACUGUUCCAUUUAUAUUCGAAGUUCGGAGCAUCUGAGUUUCCCUUUAAUCAAUUAUGUUCGGCCAUGUGGACCAAGCCUUUCAUCGGAAGGGUCGAAAACAUAAAAGAAAGCAAGGUAAUAAUCGUAGGCUUUUUUUUCUACCGCAAUUAUGACUGGUUCGUGUUUGGUACGAGAGGACCUUCGUAGCACAUUUUGCACCAGAACGCAUUUGACAUUGUACGGUUAUUGUCUGGCAUCGUUAUCGAGGAGAUCAGGCUGAGAAGAUUGUAAAGAAGAGAAAAUAUACUUUUGCAAUUAUGAUCAGCUUCUGUGGUUUACGGCGUCGUCGGCUGUUUUUAUGGCAAUAUGACAAAAAAACUGCUCAACUUCGAUUCCCGAUCUUCCCGAAAAAAUCGUGCGUCGCGAUUCGAUUUCACGCGUCCGCAAUAUAAAUUCACUCUCGAGUUGGCAGAAGACUGUAGUACAAAAAUGAGUACGGACUUCCCGAAAAAGUUCCUCAUUUGAAAAGUAACCUUUUCGUUAUUUCCACCAAAUUUAUCCGUUCUGCCGUUCUGGUCACUAUUCGAAUGUGACCACACAGUGCAGUGGUACAAAGACAAUGGCGUCACUGUGCCUCCGGAGAGGUGGUCCCAUACUCUGAAGCCAUAGCUGAUUGGAAGUUUGUUAUAAAAUUCGCUAAAAAAAUCCUAUCUUAUUAACCCUCAGGAAUUGUGGAAAAAUGUCCCGGUUGGUUCAAAAUUGUCAUGGGUUAUGAAUGCAGCGUCGAAAGCCAAGCCAUCCCAAAGGAAACUGCAAGAAAGAAUUAUUUCAUAUCGAGAACUGCUCCGGGUAGUGAAAAAAGUACAGAAACUAUCGUUGGAAUAAGCAUUAGCAAUAAAGCACUAAAAUAGUAACACAUUACAUUGACGAAAAUUAACCUCUCGUAUUAACAUGUGUAUCGGUUCAAUGGUGCCGUCAAUAAACGGAAUUGUUGUUUUCGAAGUACAAAAAAUCCUUCACUGUGUAUGAUCAGAAGAUGACUGUUUUGUGUUAGUAUUCAUUCAAAAAUACUUAUUGUGCCACUUUUGUUCAGAACUGGUGAUGUGAAAAACGUCCACAAAAGGUUUUGGAUCCAACAAGACGGCAACAUGCCUCGCCGCAUGCGCAAUAAUGCACCUUAAUGCACCUCCCAGGAGGCGCGAUAUCAUAAAUGAUUAUUAAGAUUUGAAUUAUUUCUCAAUCGGGCAUUUUCGAACACCAGCUGAACGUGCUUUCAUCAUGGAAGACGGCGCACCUCCACCGAGUGCGGGGUUUGUUCUAUAGUUUUGAUUUCUCUUUCGUUGGGCAUCCUCUUCGGUUCAGUAUGAUGGAUUCUACCUAAAUUGACUAGUUUUCGUUCUGCUUUGCAUCUAUGACAUCUAUUUGACUGGCCGUUCCCUUAGUGUAAGAAAUUGAUGCUACUCGGUCGGAAAUAGUCAGAAAAGCGCCAUGUUCCCCAUGGGAGUAACUUAGGGUUGUUGAUUUACUUUCUUUUACUUUACUUUUAAUUGUCGUUGCGCAACUUGAAAUUACAAAAUCCCUUUAAAAAGAAUGAUAUUUUUAACGACGCAGUUGGACAUGCUGGCAGUUAUGGUUGAGCGAAUUAAUCAGGCCCAAAAUUUAGAAGCUACAGCAGACUGAGUAACGAUUUUGAGGUUAUGCUUGGUGGAACGAUAUAUAUUGCUUUCGUAACUGGUAAAAUGAAAGUUUAGAAUGGCUUAAAAUUGCCUUGCUAUGGAACGGAUAGUGCUGCGAAAAUUAUAUUCUGCAUUCGGAAUCGUGCUACCGGAGAGCGAGAGAGAGAGGGAGAUAGAUAGAUAGAUAGAUAGAGAGAGAGAGAGAGAGAAAGAGAGAAAGAGAGAAAAGAGAGAGAGCUUAAUCUGAUGCUUGCCUGGUUUCGCUUUGUCCCUCACCAUUCAGCCAACUGUUCGAAAACUGGAAUCAACUGGAAGGAUUAGCAGGCGUUCGAUGCUUGUUCUUAGAGAGUAUUGAUAUUCGGGCAGUUUUUAAGCAAUCGAUUCGUUAGCUUUUGAGUGCGUGUCCGUUCUUUUUUUUCACAGGUGCUUUAAGAGGCUCGUUAUGAUAAUGAGUUCCUUUGGUCGUUUGAAACUCGCAUCAAAGUUCAUUGUACUUGAAAAGACCUCAGCCAGGAUGUACGAAAGUCCAGUCAAAAGAGCAAAAUUGUGUCAAACUAUGCACUCCGUGGUUCCCAAAUCUGCAGUGGAUCAAGUAUGCUUGAAAAGACUUAGCCACCCAUGAGGUAUGCUAUGGAUACCGUGAUUGACAUUGUAGUUUGAUGUCAUGCGUUCGCGCGUUCCCCUUUAUUGCCCUCCACUACUGUGGCCAGUUUACUAACACGAAUAGGGAAGGCAAAUGCACCUGGAAAUCGCUUGUAUUUUGCCGAUUGAGUCGUACAAAUUAGCUAUCAGACUGUUCAUAAUCGGAAGAAUUUAAACCUUCUAGCUUCUCCCCAUACUGGCGGGGCUUGGGAGCUUACGGUCAGGUGCGUCAAAACCGUCCGUCAAAUAUAAUUGCUGCACAACUUCAUAUUACAAAACACACCAAAUGGAAUAAUAUUUUUGGUAACGUCAUUAGACAAGCAGGAAGUUACCAUGCAUUGAUAAUCGUUAUAAUCGACAAAACAACAUACAUUGCUCCUGUAACCGCUUCUGGUGAGGAGCGUUUUUUGCAGUUUUUCAAACUUAAUUUGAUCUCCAUCACUAUCUAUCUCUAUCUCUAUCUAUCUCUAUCUCAAUUAGCAAUGCUGAGGAAAUUAUGUUCUGCAUUCGGAAUUAUGCUGCCCUAAAGAGAGACAGAGAGAGUUAGAGUGCUAAAGAGAGAGAGAGAGAGAGAGAGAGUGAGUGAACGCGUUUGACCAUGCGGAACAGCAUUGAUCGAAGCAUCGAAUCUGCGAGUAAUCGUCACACGCACAGACCAUGAUCCGUACCGCUCAUGACAAACAUCUAUUCUCAGCAGUCGACCGCAGUGUAACAAUUCACCUAGUUGCGAGAAAAAGUGCUACUUGUGUUGUUUGUAUUGAAAUUCACGUACUGCACACAACCGAUCGUCUGUAUUUGUUAAAUUUCUCUACACAAUCAAGCAAUCGACAUGAUCUGAUUCGAUGUUUGUCAUAAUCUGUACAGAUCGUGACAAAAAAUUUGUUGCUUACAAGUAGUGAUGUCAAUGAAUCCGAAUCUGAUCGGUCCUAUGCUUUUGAUCACUAGAAGCGAUAUUUUCAUCCCUGGACACGAGCUCUUCAACUUCAACUUUUGUACUUGAUUGGUUGAAAAUGGUUAAAAAUGGGAACUACACUUUUAAUACCCCGAAACAGUGGACCCCUCGUCCGCUAAGCGACCCGACAGUUCCAAAAAAAAGCUGUACUUUUAGAGAGAUCUAUUAUGGGAUAUAGAGUGAGUAAUGGUUAAAACGAUUGUUCCUAUUAGCGCGCAUUUUGAAUCGUUAUUCAAAAUUACCCAAAAGCACUGACUUCAGGUUGCAGUGUAAAAUGUACGGAACGUAAGAACAGGAUCGAAGAUCUCCUUCAUCAACCAGGAGACGGAACGAAUGAAAGAAACAAAAGGAUUGCUGUUGUGCCGCCGCACAGUGGGACGGCUUCAAAAAUAGGCGGACAUCAGCUUUUGCGGAGAAACUAUUAAGUUUUUCGCAUUAGUGUCUUCGCAAAAGUUUCUUGGUUUUUAAUUUAUUUUUUUGUUAGAUGAAAAAAAUUUACAUUA